AUGGACAGCCAGUGCCCGGGGCUCACCGGCCUGAGGAACCUGGGCAACACGUGCUACAUGAACGCCAUUCUGCAGUGCCUCUGCAGCGUGCCUCCGCUCGUGGAGUAUUUCCUCUCGGGAAAGCACAAAGCAGCCCUGAACAAGGAGAAUGGUGAGUCUGCGGCCGCCUUUGGCUGUUUGAUGUCCGACAUGUGGUGUGGACAGUUUGACUGUGUUUCCCCGGAGGUUUUUUAUUUGCUCCUGGGGAAGCGGUACCCAGCUUUUAGUAAGAGGACUCAGCAGGAUGCGCAGGAGUUUCUGAUCUCUGUGCUGAACGAGCUCCAUGAGGCUCUCAAGAAGUCAAGCAAAAGAAGAUGCAUAACUGAUGCAAAAGCAAGCAGUGGGAGUGUCAGUGAAACAUCUAUUAUCACAGAGUUAUUCGAGGGACAACUCAGUUAUGACAUCAUGUGCCUGGAAUGCAAGGCCACUGGGGACAGACCCGAGAGCUUCACUGUUCUUUCCCUGCCUGUCCCUGCCAAGAGCCCGUGCGCUCUGCAGGACUGUCUCAAAUGCUUCUUUCAGCAAGACACGCUGACUUGGAACAACCAAAUCUACUGUUCCUGGUGUGGAACUAAACAAGACGCUGCAGUAAAGGGCACCAUAACCAAGGCACCGCAGAUCAUAAUUUUUCACCUAAAGAGGUUUGAAUGGCAGGGCAAGCACAGGAGGAAACUCUCGACGGAGAUCUGCUAUCCACUCAGCAAUCUGGAUCUCGCUCCCUACAGCUCCCUGCUCGCCUGCCAGGCCACAGCGUACAGCCUGUGUGCUGUCGUGAACCACUCUGGAUUUCUGGAUGAUGGCCACUACACGGCCUUCUGCAAGCACUCAGUCACCGAAGCCUGGUACAGCUUUGACGAUGCACAGAUCACCGAGAUCCCCAGCUCCUCAGUGCAGACUGACACGGCGUAUCUCCUCUUCUACGCCUCCCAAGGCCUCCUCUGCACCCACUAG